UACAAGACUAAGUAUGGACUCGCGACUACUCGCGACCCGGUAGUCGGAGUGUGAUUGGAUUUAUUGGUUGAUUUUCAAAUCUAAAAUUAUUUUGAAGAAAAUCAGUUAGCCUUACAAAUAAGAAUUGCAAUAAAAUUCUUUAAAUUGAACAAAGAUAUUAACAGCCGAAAUUUUCUUUUCCCAUCCAUCCAUGGCGACGCACGCCUCGUGCGUCCCAUCGUCUUUCUUCCCCUCCUCUUGCUACGCCUCCAUACGCGGGGGCCGCAGAAGCACCGCCGCCGCCGCCGCCGCCGCCGCCACUUUGCCUCCCAAUCCCACUUCCCAUCUCUGUUUCGGCUCCAGCACGUCGCUCCGUCCCAAGAACAGUUCCUCCGCCACCACUCAAAGGCACGAUUCUUCCGCUUCAGCUGCUGCUUCUGCUGUUAAAUCUGAAGAUUCUAAGCCCAUAGAGCUCACAUAUCUGGAGGGUAAUAGCUGGCUGUGGGACGUGGAGGGGCUGAACAUCUUGGUGGAUCCCAUCCUUGUGGGAAACCUGGAUUUCGGCUUGCCAUGGCUGUUUGAGGGUGCCAAGAAGGUGCUGGGGAAUUUUCGGAUGGUGGGGAGGCAGCUAGACGACCUUCCCAGUCUCGAUUGCUUGCUAAUCACGCAGAGCCUGGAUGAUCACUGCCAUGUAAAGACUUUGACUCCCCUCUCCAAGAAGAUGCCAGAUCUUCCCGUAAUCGCCACUCCAAAUGCAGAAGCCAUCUUGAGACCACUCUUUAGCAAUGUUACAUACUUAGAGCCUGGUCAAAAGUCUGUUUUAGAAGGAAAAAAUGGUACAAAUAUCCAAAUCUGUGCUACUAAAGGUCCUAUACUAGGGCCUCCUUGGCAGCGCCCUGAAAAUGGGUAUAUCAUUAAAUUUGGACAAAGUAAUUUAACUCUUUACCAUGAGCCACAUUGCGUAUACGACAAGUCUUUUGUAGAAAAUUAUCAAGCGGACAUUCUCAUCACACCUGUGAUAAAGCAAUUGCUUCCUUUAUUCACACUGGUGUCUGGACAGGAAGAUGCAGUUCAGCUAGCGAAGCUUCUUAAAGCCAAGUAUAUAGUCCCCAUGAACAAUGGUGACCUGAAUGCCAAAGGAAUUCUCUCACGCAUCCUAUAUUCAGAGGGUACAAUAGAAUCUUUCAAGGAACUGUUGAGUAAAGAGCUACCUGACGCACAGGUAUUGGAGCCUAAGCCGGGCAUACCGCUUGAAAUAUCAGUGUCAACAAUAUCUUAAGAAAGAUAUCUUAUCGAAGAGGCGUCUCAAAGCCGAGCAAAUAUGUGUUCUCUGUUAAUAUGAAAACUGAAGCAUUGUACGGUCGAUCAGUUCGUUAUAGCUAUAUUGUGAUUCACGAGACAAUAGCAUCUAUCUUGUGUUCUUUAGAUUGAGAUAUUUGAAUGCCUUCUUCAUGGUGAGAAGAUAUUAGCAGGUAAAUUUUUUAUCGGAAUCGAUGAAUUUGAUCAAAUUCAGACGAUAGAUAGUGAUGGGAUUUGGAUAAAUACAAUAUUCAAUACCAACGCGACCUCUAUGAA